GCUAUUUAAAAAUUAUAAUAAAAAAGAACCUCUUUUUUUUUAAUCAUAAUCUAAUGAGUAAUUUUAUUACAGUAUUAGUCAUAUUUUACGUACCUUGUAAAUUACUCUACCAUUCUAACUUUUAACAUUCUUCAGAAAGAAACUCGUAUUAUCUUUAACUUUAAAAACUCUAAAUUCAUUAUGGAACCGAUAGGAUCUAAGCCACCACAAUUAGGUAUGGCUUUCAUCGAAGCUAAAUGGACGUUUCAUCGUCUUGAUGCAAUAAAUGCAAGGCCUAAAAUGGGUGUUGACUAUUAUGUUGAUAACGAAAAUUUUCUAAAAUAUUUUAAAUUUGAUGAAAUUAACCCAAAUGGAAUUUCAUGUUUUGUGCCCUUGGGUAACCCACCUCAUAAUAAUCCAAUCAGUAAAAGAAAGGACUGCUUUGUCAUUCCAAAAGGCACAUAUCUUCCAAAUGGAUUAAUUCUAGUCUUUACAAAUUUUAUGAAACUUCGGUUUCCAUCUGGCAUUCAGGAUGCCUGGCAUUUUGUCAUCGCUCCUACAGAACGUAUGACAUUAACAAGUUAUACAGACGCCAUAAGAAACAUCGAUUGGGAGCUUUGUGAAAUCAAGGCUAACGGUGAACUAAAAAAAUUAAUCCACGAAGAUGACGAUUUAAGAGGCGUGAAAGAUUUUCGUAUAAAUAUGUUAUAUUGGCUCAUAGAAAUUUGGUAUACGCAGACAGAUGAUGAGAUAGAUCGUCUCCUUGCUAAUGAUAUCCAUACGUGGAUAUCAAUUAAAAAACCAAAUUUUAAUGAUUUAAUUAACGACAAACAACGUGCUCGCACCGCAUUUUCUGCAAUGGCUCGAUUGGAUGCGGAUGAGUCAGUAACACUAGAAACGUACAAAUAUACCAUUUUAGGUGAUCUCGAAGAUUUAUUUGGAUGGAAAGAAUCUAGUUUUAUUGAUCCUAAGGUUGAAGAUUAUCAUCCGUCAUUACGUACUGAAUCGCGGUGAUUAUUAUAACUUACCAUCAUCGAUUGAUCUAUAUCCGAAUAUAAUAUGAUAGUAGCGUGACUGACGGACAUGGACAACUGGCUUCUUUACAAAAUAUAAAAAAGUAAUGAAAACAUUUAAAAUUUAAAAUUAUGUGUAUAUAGCAUACUCGCAAAUAUAAAUUUAGCUGUUAGCUUUAUUUUUUAGCAUUACAUAAAUCAG